AUGGCCAGUAUCUAUGCCUCCGCACAGACGGUUUUGGUAUGGCUUGGGGCAGCUGGAGAUAAUAGUAAUCUAGCGAUAGACGAAAUCAAGAGAAUAGAAUCAUUCUGCAGGGGAUUGGACACUUCGGAGCUCAAAGCAAAACAAGCAGUCAAAAAUUUCCUACCUGAGGAAGAUGAUCCAGCCUUGCCUGCUGUUGUCAAGCUCUUUGAUAGACAAUGGUUCAAGAGGAUUUGGAUCAUGCAAGAAGUGAUCCUCGCAAGACGCGUCCAUGUCUACUGUGGGCACAAGAGCCUUCCUUGGUCUACUCUGGCUGAUUUUGGGGAGUCGAUGAUGGAGAUAUGUCCAGGACUGUUGUUCCUAGCUGGACCAUCAGAUACACACAUCUUAUUUCUCUUUCGCGAUACUACUUGGAGGUUUUCGGCUCAAACAAGUCAAGGAACCACUCGACCGAGUCUACGGCAUACUUGGUCUACUAGACCAUACAAUUCGAGAAUCUGUAGUCAUCAAUUAUCAGCAGGAAUUCUGGGAAGGCUUCCCUCCUGGUGCCCAAACUUUAACGAUGCUCGUGGAGAAACAAUUGGUUAUAAUUUAAUUCCGAGUUUCAAUGCGGGAGGGUUUGCGGACGGGGAAGGCCGGAAAGCGCAUGUUCAACUCCACUCGUCAUCUCAUUUGGACUCUAUCCAAGUUGGUUUCCAAAUGGAUACAGUUAAGAGGGUGGUAGGCUCAUCGGUGGCUAUCUUUACCUCUCGCGACCAACUAGAACACGAAGGACUCUUCGCUGACUGUGCUAAAAACCUAGCAUGGGAACGAGAAUGCUGGACUAUUUUCUACGAGGAUGCUCAUAAAUCUCUUGGUGGCAACAAUAUCCCUGAAGAUUAUUUAAGAGCUCUCAUCGCAAACCACUUCACGAGCAUGGAGGCUGUACCUCUCAACUAUUCACUUCGAGAUGACUACCUUGCUAUUAAAGCUGGCUGGACCUCCAGGUCCAAGUUUGAGACCCCAACAAGAUCAUUUACUUAUUCUACAGAAGAAUCGCGAUUGAGAUAUUUAAUUGCGAUUCUAAAUCAAAAGAGAAGAAAGUUCUUUAGUACCGAGGCUGGGAGGGUAGGAAUGGGUCCUCGACAUGUCAAGCCUGGUGAUAGGAUUGUGACACUGUAUGGUGGAGCACCAGUAUUUAUUCUGAGAGUCUCGGAGAGUCAUCAUGAUAGCGGAGAAACAGAGUCGCAUGUUUUGAUAGGUGAUGCAUUUGUGGGUGGUCUCAUGGACUUAUCAUUAAUCCCUGAGUCCUCUAGGAAUGAUAGAUGCUACGCAGGCUCCGGUGGGCUCGGAGGCAUGCUCCUGGUCUCGGGACACUGCUUAGGUCGACAUUCCGGUGCGGGACUACCUGUUCCUGAGAUCUACGGGUACUCAGCAACAUCGGAAAAAGCCGCGGGCACUGAAUACAUCUUUAUGGAGCCUCUCCGUGGAAAGAACUUCGGCGGCAUCUGGCUUGACUUAUCUGAAGAUGCCAGGAUCACCACCGUCACCAAACUGGUUGAAGAUCCAGAAGCAGCUCUUACAGCCGGUGCCAAAAAGGAGAUUGCAUACUUAAAGAAAUUUGGACGACCGCUUCAGCCUUUUCAACUUCUCCGUUGGGAGAUCUACGACUAUCAGAAGCAAUCGCAUUUAGAGCAUAUAGACGGUCUAGAGAAAUAUCUGGAAAUCGCGCCGCAGCUCAUACCGAACGAUAAUGACGCACUUGCACGUCCGACUAUAAGGCACCCCGACCUCCAACCUAAUAAUGUCUUCGUUUCUGAUGAUCUCGAGAUUACUGGUCUGAUCGACUGGCAGCAAUGCGCAGUGUUGCCGCUGUUUUUGCAAUGUGGGAUUCCUAAUAGCCCUCAGAAUUGCGGUGAUAGCGUCUCGGAAUCAUUGAAAACCCCAGAACUACCACACAACUUCGAUUAUCUGGAUGAGAGGGAACAGUUCGAGCAGGCCAAAUUGCUCCGUACGCCAACUUCAUUACUUCUACGUCGCGAGAACUACAACAUACUAUACAUUACGAUGCUUUGGCAUCUAAUAUGA